GCUCCGCAGAUUUUGGACCUCAUAACUCACCUUCAGAGCUCCAGGCAUUGAAGGUUGUUACGAUCGCGCGCAAACACACCGCGGUCUAACAUCAAUUUUUGAAACACAGAGAAACUGCCUCAGCACGCUCUCAGAAUAUCGCCAAAAUGUCGAACAAACAAGGAAAGAUGGCCGGUUACAUCAACUGGCGGAUGCGGGUUACUCUUAAUGAUGGAAGGGCAAUGACCGGUCAGAUGCUUGCCUUCGAUAAGCACAUGAACCUUGUACUUGCGGAUACGGAAGAGUUUCGGCGCGUGAAGCGCAAGCAAAACAAGCCCUCUGCCCCUGGCGCAAGUGGUUCAGCUACCCAGACCAUCGAGUCUGAGGAGAAGCGAACUCUUGGCCUCACGAUCGUUCGAGGCGCCCAUAUCAUCUCCCUCUCCGUUGAGUCGCCUCCUCCCGCCGAUCCUAGUGCUCGACUAGGCAAGAGUGCACCUGGUGGAAUUCCUUCUGCUUUGGCCGCUGGCCCUGGUGUUGCUCGUCCUGCUGGCCGAGGAGCUGCCCCUCCCUCCCUCGCAGGUCCUGCUGCUGGUGUUGGUGGUGCUCCUCCGCCUGGUUUCCCCGGCUUCCCUGGUGCUCCUGGUUUUCCCGGCCGUGGUGCCCCUCCUCCUGGCUUUCCUGGAAACUUCCCUCCUCCAGCUGGUUUCCCUGGAGGCGCCCAGUUCCCUCCUCCCGGGUUCAACCCUGGUGGUCCCCCACCGCCUGGAUUCCAGCCUCCUCCCCGAAGAUAGGUUAUGUAGGCACUGGUUACUUCGGGCAAAUUUUAAUAGCCUGUAAGGAGGCUUCGAUAUCGUAAUAAGACUGAGAAUGUCUUGUUUGCUCGUCGAACCAAAACGUCGUGGUUGGAAUAAAUGUUGGGAUUAUGAGCUUGGCACAAAAAUGUAUGUGAAUUUCUUCAUGGCAC